CAGUCGCGGCGGCGGCGGCGGCGGUGCUGCCAGGUGCUCGAGCAGCUGGUCGGCGGCCGGUGCGGUGACGACAAACAGGUCCGGUACUGCACCGGUAGACAGACAGACGGAGAGAGCGGUCGCGCUGGUCACCCCGACCCGCAGUGGUGCACGGCGGGUCACAGCGGCCGGUCGGAACUGCUCAGUGCUCUCCUCGCCCCGUGACAGCGCCUCUGACAGCGCGCGACAGCUGAGGAUCGCUCGCCGCCGGCCCCUGUGAUUUAGUGCGCCCGAGUGUCACCGUCGGCAGUUCCGGUCGCCGCGUCGCCUACGAUGCUACUCACGCGGAUGGCAUCUGCUCUGGCACGUCGCAGACAGGCCAGUCCCAUCUACGAGUCGGCCGACGAGCCUCGUGACGAGACACCCUCGCCGGGCUCGACCGUCUCGUGCGGCUCGUCUUCCAGCUGGUAUCACGGCGUGGGCGGCUGUGUGGCCAUGGCGCGCGUGGACAGCGGCCACGAGACUCUGGCCGAUGAUGACUCGCCUACACCCACCUACGACAGUGACGGCGCCGACCUCAACAGUACGCUCUCCGAGCAGCAUAUCUACGAGGAGGUGGCCAGCAAGACGAGCCGCGCGCCGCCCAAGCUGCCGGCCAUCAGCGGAGUGCUACAGAACACGGGUCCCGUGAUUCGGCCGGUGGCGUGUCGGCCCACGCCCACCCACACACCGGCCGCCACACCCACACGGUUCGGCAGCGUGGAGCGGAUCAACAUCGGCGGGAACCGGACGGCCCACUACGGCAGUGCGCUGGAGCUGAAGUCAGCGGGCGGCACUGCCGGCGACCGACGAGCCAGCUCCAACAUGGCCCGCGCGCGGUACGAGAGCCUGGACAACCUGCGCUCGGCAGCCGCCGGUGAGCCGUACAGCUCCGCGGCGCUGCUGGACGAGUACCGCGGCCUGCGCGGGGCGCGCGCCCCCGAGCCGCGGCGCGAGUCGUUCAGCGGGCGCAGCGAGGCGGCGCGGCCGUCGGCCUACCUGGCGCGCCACGACUCGCUCCAGUCGCUGUCGGCCGGCGGCGGCGGCGGCGGGCGGAUCGGCGGCAGUGUGCAGAACCUGGCCGGGGAGCGGCGCGACCCGUUCCAGCGCAGCAGUGUGCCGCGCGCCGGCUCCGUCAAUAGUGAGCGCCUGGCGUACGCUGCGGCGGCCGCGGCGGGCGGAGGACUGGGCGCGUACGGCGCUGGCCGAGCCAUGGAGUCGGCUGCCUGCACUCCGAGUCCGUCUGACUCCGGGGUGUCCGGUCUGGAGGCCAUCCUGAGGGAGCGCGACUCCGAGAUCAACUUCCUGCGAGAGACCAUGGAACAGAAUGAACAGGUCAUAUUCUCCGUCUACCACGAGAAGGAGAAGACAUGGGAGAAGGAGCUGCGGAAGAUUAAGGCCAUCUACGACAACCGACUGAAGGCCAGCCAGCAGCGCGCUCUCAAGAUGGAGCAGAUGCUCACCAUGCACACCUACCAGCUGCAGCAGGAGAAGCGGAAGCUGCGACAGGAGAUGGACGAGCUGAGGAGGGAUAAGGAGCAGCAGGCGCGGCAGAACCAGGAGCUGAAGCAGGAGCUGGGCGCGCUCCGCUCACAGCUGGAGGACACAGAGUGGGGACUCUGUCAGAAGUCAGGUGAAAUAUCGCUGCUCAAGUCCCAGCUGAAAGACUGCCAGGGCGACCAGACGACGCGGAACCACGAGCUGCUGCACAUCCGUGCUCAGGUGCGGGAGUACGCCGCUCAGCUGGAGACGAAGGAGGUGGAUAACAAGCGGCUGCAGGCCGAGACGCAGACCCUCCGGGAACAGGCGCUGGACCGGCGGUCGGGUGAGACCAGCGUGGUGAUUGCGCAGCUACAGCGCGAGAUGGAGCGGCUCAAGUCCGAGCUCAGCUUCACCCAGGAGCAGGCGCAGGAGCAGAAGGAGGCCUUCGAGGAGGAGAGGCUCCACUGGCUCGACGAAAAACAAAAGGUGGUGAACUAUCAGAAGCAGCUGCAGCUCAACUACAUGGAGAUGUACAAGCGCAACAAGAGUCUGGAGCUGGAGCUGAGCAGUCGCGAGAGCAAACUCAACUCAUCCGGCGAGUCUCAGUGCUGACCGGGACAGGUGCGCGAGGGCCGCGCCGGGCCAGCGACGCGCGGCGGCCCGGACCGCGGACCCAGUGCCAAAUGUUACUUGUUGAACAGUGUGUGUGGCCGAGACGCCAGUGUGAGAGUGUGUGUGUGGGACUGCCGUGCACAAGCCGAAGUCGGCGCCAGUGUGUCAGUCCGUGCGCGUUUUGUGCCGCACCCGUGGCGGCGACGCAAGUAAUUCUUAGAGACAGUCUAGUCAGUCUAGUAGGAUGGAACUGCAAAGCCGCUGGAGCUCCUAUUUAUUCCACGUUGACAAUACAUAUGAGAGGAACGUGUCAGGUUUCAGUCGAGUGGAGUAAGUGAUUGAGAGUGUCACCUUCGCCGGGUCACACUGAGCAUUCGGAUUCUUGUAAGAGGAACGACAAGGCGUGUAAAACUGAUAGCGGCGAUGUGGCCU